AUGGGAGCGUCCCUCUGGGAUCCUAUUUAACAGGGCGACGCGCAUGACAAUUGGUGCUAAUUUAGAAUUCCUAAUUUUGGAAUUCCUAAUGGGGCAGGACAAGAACAUUGGGGACGGGGAAAAGUCGUUCAGCCCCGUGAACCUCAUCGAUGAUUGCCGCUGACUUGCUUCUAUUCCUUGACUCCAACUCACGAUACACUCUGCGGCGGCUUCAUUUAGUUGAGAGAUGGGGUCCUUCGAUGGCGAUCCGCGCUCGUCGGCGAGUCUGUCUCGCAAGGCGACGAGAGCUGACGGCUAUAGAGACCUAAAUGAUACGGAACCCGGAGAGCAUAAUCAUGAAGACACGGCCGCGGAACAACAAUUACGAUCGCUGUGUGCAAUGAAGCAGGAAAAGUAUGACGCCCAGCCAGUCUUGGAUACAAAAACCACCGGGUUUUCACCGACUGAAAAGCGACAAGACCGUCAAUCCAGAUGAACGGGUACGACGACCUAGAGAUGCCUGACCCUAAUCAUGAGACCUUCGCCACAGGCUGGCCCUAUCCGGCGCAACCCCUCUCCUCCCUAACAUGGUCCCACCUCCUGCAGCACCACCUCCUCGAUGCCAUCGGAAUAAGCUCCACCUUCCUCUUCAUCACCCUAGCCGUGGCCGCAGGCAUGGUGCACGGCUCCCCAACGGGAAGUCACCUCGGCUGGCUGGUCGAGGAAUCCUCCAAGCUAGCCCCCAGUAUCUUCCCCAUCCUGUUCGCCACCGUGCUGGGAAAAGCCCUCCGGUCCAUCGGCCGGUUCCGCGCCGAACUGGGUGUCGAUUUGGGCACGCUGCAGGCGCUUAUGGGAGUCAGGACACUGUCGCAGGCUUUCAGCAAUUUGGCGGAGGUGAGGAGUUUCACGAUGACGAGUUUGAGUUUGCUGGUGUUGUGGUGCUUGUCUCCCUUGGGCGGCCAGGCGUCGUUGAGGGUGCUGGGACGGACGAAUGAGACGGCGACGGAGGAGGUGGGCGUUAGGUACUUGGACACGGGGCCGUUGGCGCAUUUGUAUACCCAGAUGUGGACGUCGAGGUUGAGCGGGUCGAGGGAGAGUGGCAUGGAUGCCAUGUUGAGGACGGGGUAUGUGGGGGCGUUGAUGCAGAGUUUGGAGGCCAAGUUGGAAACCGAGGAUAUUUGGGGGAAUGUGAAGAUUCCGAGGCUGGAGUGUUUGAGUGAGGUUGUUUUCGGGGAGGACGGCUCGGGGCGUGAUGCGACGAAGGUGCACGAGGUGGAGUGCUAUUCGUCCCUGAUCGGGCUGCCGGUUGUUGGGCUCUCGGGUAGGGAUACAGCGGAUUUCAUCUUGGAGACGUCGUAUGUUUCUCUGGCUUGCAAUGAAGCCAAGAAUGUGUCGAAAGACGAGCUAUGGACUUCGCGGACUUAUGAGAAUCAACCGGAUCCAGAUGGCUGGUUCGGAGGACUUAACAUGACCUACAUGUUCCCAGACUCCAACUUGUCCGCCGUGGAUCCCUAUCACGAUUACGAAGACCGCUGGGCGUCCCGUGUAUCCGGAUUUCUCGGCCUCAACAGAUCCUCAUCCCGACCACAGAUCCCGCAAGCGCUGUCCAUCAACCUCGCCUGGCUAGAAGGAACUUUUAAAAAGGAGAUCACCGAGUCCGACGGCAGUGAAACCCAUUUCGAUACGCAGAUCUUCCUCGAGAACAGGAGCUACAACGAAACUAACUGCACCGCAACCCGUCAGUUCGUCGAAGCCAAGAUCCACUGCCACCAGGGCGUCUGCGCCGCCCUUGGCGUGCGACCCUUGGCUUUUGAGAAUCUGAGUCCGAAUUACACUGCCUUCGACUAUUGGGCCUCCAUCAUCCUCGACAUCAUCACCACGGACACGCAGCGGUACACCCAAGACUGGUCUGCCGCCCCGUCCUCCAUCACCGAGUACUUCCUCAGUGAUUCAUCGGCCUUACCUCUUCCGGAGCGCAACACGGGGAACAGCGAAGCGCAGAUUGUGAAGCUAUCCGGUGUGCCCCAUGAUGUGUUUUCUCGACGUCUUUCGAUGCUGCUUAACACGUACAUUCAACUCUGGAUGUCUGGGUCAAGUUUCAUCCGCAACCUGCCCAUGGACGAUCUGUCCGAAUACGGCACCGAACAUGCACCGUCGGAUGGGCUGCGUAUGUAUGACAUUAGCGCCGACGAGAUAGGGUACUACAACAACUACUACCCGGACGACCUGUACUCGCUGGCGCAGCAGGGCCAGACGCCCUUUAUCGGCGCGUCGACAAACGUGACGGUGACGAGGUACACCGAGGUGUACCAGGCCCAGCCUGUGUGGGUGGCACUGCUGAUGAUCACAUCGAUGAUGCUGGUUUUCUCCGGCGUCCUGGGGAUAGUCUGCGCGAUCCUGACGACGACGCCCGAUCGUUUCGAUCCCGUUAUUGGUCAGACGUACGAUAAUCCUGCCAUUUCUGUAUUGAGUGGGGGCAACACGCUGAAUUAUAAGGAACGGGCAAGGAUACUGCGGAAAGUUGUUGUUCGGACGGGGGAUGUUAGUGGUGGUGCAGACGUAGGUAGGGUUGGCCUGGGGACGAUUGGGAACGUGCAGCCUUUGAGACGGAGAAAGUUGUAUCGAUGAUUAUAUCCUUGAUGAUGUGACGACAACAUUAAGGUCGCUGUUUGGAAUCUCAGAUUUGUUAGGUGCACUACCAUAUAAAAGACACAUCAUAGUAUCUUCGAUAUAGGAGAGAUGGGAAGGUACGGCCAAGCGUAGGGCUACAAAACUCCGCUUCAAACCAGAAGUAACCAUCAUAAAGGAA